UGCGCGUUCGCAAAGCCUCAGCCAAGUUGCUUUCCGAGACAAGGCGGAUUUUUUUACCAUUUAUCUUCAUGGGAGUUCAGACUUAAUACCGACCAAACCAACAUCCAUACUAAACCAUAUUUAAGCUUACCGUCCAUCCAAAGAACGGUGAUUUUGUACCCGAUUGAAGGUUCUUUGGUCGUCCCUCAUAUUGAUCGACAAUUCUUUGGCAACGCAGACCAUUUUACAUCUUGCGAAAUUUCAUUUCUAUGAGACUUCAACUACACGAAUCAUCCUGCUGCUCAUCCUCUGUAAUCCGUUGCAUUUGAGACACAGGUCUUGCCGAAGCCGGGGCAUAAUUAUAAUCCG